GUCUAUCAGAUGCCACCCUCAAAUUCUCACUAUCUGCCGGGAAGCAAGUCAAAGCCUUAGCCUAAAUGACCAGCCUCCUACAUGCGGAAUCGAUAGACACCCUGAUACUAAAUGAUCCCAAGGACUGUACUAGCACCACAUGAGAUAAACUCCGCACCUGGAUUUUUUUCUUAUUCUAACUUUGCAAACAAAACGGUUCCGUUAUGCCUUGGAAAUGUGGACUCAUUAUUACGCUGUUCCUGGUCCUCUUCACUCUCCACGCCACUGCAAUUAAAGAGAGGAAUAAUCGGGGCUCUUUGCAGAGAGGAGUAAUCGGGACAGAAACAGAAGCCAUCAAUUCUAUGCACUUGGUUGAACUUCUGAAAACGACCAAACAAAACUCUAAUGUCAGAACGAUAUUUGACCUGGAAAAGCAUCGGAGGAAGCGGUCCGCAGUCUUUCACUCUGGAGUGAGAGUCUGUCCUCAGGAGACCAUCAAUGAGGUCAUUGCCAGCCAUCAAGCCUACUACAGGCUCAGAGUUUGUCAGGAGGCUGUGUGGGAGGCCUUCCGGAUCUUCUUUGACAGGAUCCCUGUCACUACAGAGUACACAACAUGGGUUCACACAUGUCAACACGAGUCUCUGUGUCUCGCUGACCUGGCCACUAACUUCAGCAACUCAGAGGAGCACAUGAGUAUGGUGUACAGGAGGAUGAAUCUGCGAGACGAGAGGCAGUCGACCGGAGCAGAAGCAGCCGCAACCACAGCAGCACCAGAGGUCACUGGGAUAGCAGGUCCAGAAGAGACCCGGACUGCUGCACCAGAACCACCCACUCCCGUGACCAGUGAUUCCAGUGUCCCUGAUGCUCCCGAUGAUACAGUUGAAGAAGAAACCGCUGCUGAGGAGGACUCUGAGCUGCCCAACAUUGUUCCGGAGAACCAUGUGGAGGAGAUAGUGGAGUUCAGCAUUGACCUGGUGGACCCAGGCUACAGGGAACUACUGGAUGACCCUGACUCCCCCCAAUAUGUUGACCUCUCUCAACACCUGCAAGACCAGAUGCUCCAUGUUUUUGACAAGCUCCCAGGAUUGAAAGAGAUCAGUGUUUUGGGAAUCAGCGAGGCCCAUGGGAGUGAAGGACCUGGAGGAGUGACAGUGCACUAUUCUCUGGUCUUUCAGACAAUUUCAGAGGAUGACACAGGGACUCCAGUGUCAGCUGUGCCCAGCCUGCGGGAAAUGGUGGCCAAGGCUUUGAGUGAAGAGGCCUCUCUGCCAGUGGAUCUACAGUCAUUAAACUUUGAACCAGUAAAAGGGAUUCCACCAACUACAACACCAGUCGAGGAAGCUGUUGAGGAAACGAUUGAAGAUUCCAUUGAGCCAGCUUUCCACAACGAUCUGGACAUAUCCACAGAUGAGCCAGAGAUUGCCAUGGAGAAGCCUCGUCUGGAUGUUCCACUUGGCCCUGUGGAAAAGGAAAAUGCGCUCAUCACCUUCCUGGACUCUACAGAUAUUCCAGAAAAACAAGAAGAAGCAGCACCACCAGAGAGAGGAGAUGUGCCCUACAUCUACAAGGACACUAGUGAUGAAUUAGUGGAGAGUGAAUCUGAAGCAACAACUGAACCAGAGGAAGAGGUGCCAUUUAUCACACACAUGAUUGAAACCAUUCAAGCCAUUGAUGAGGGAACUGGUGAGCUUGUAAGAGACUAUUUCCCAACCUCUCCUGCCGAGGAAUACCCUGAGCCACCUUUUGGUAAUUUAGUCCCUACUAAUGGGUACCCUGUUUUACCCCAUGUGGAUUUGGAUAUUACCUCCGCCCAUGAAAUAAAAAGUAUAGAAACUAAUGCUCCAGCUAAACUCCUUCCUAACUUGAUAUCAGAGGAGGAGGCUGUUGUUGAGAAGGAGGCUGAGCCUACUCCGACCACUCAGAUUAAGCUUACCAAUGUCAUUGCCACUGAGGAAGAGGUAUCUAACCCUGAAUUACCUGUGACGACUCUCUCAGCCAUCACAGAUCAGCCUGCCACUGAAGCAAUAGAGGACUUUGAAGUUGAGGAAGAUAUUAUCCAUAUUCCGAUUGAAGGGGAAGAGGUUGAAGAACCAGAACCUGAGGAAGAGGUAGUUCAGAUCUUGGAACUUGAGGAAGAAGUAGUUGAGAACUCGGAACCUGAGGAAGAAGUAGUUGAAACAGAACCUGAGGAAGAGGUAGUUGAGAUCUCGGAACCUGAAAAAGAGGUAGUUGUGGAACCAGAACCUGAGGAAGAGGUAUAUGAGGAACCAGAGCCCAAUGAAGACUUAGUUGAAGAUCCAGAACCUGAGUCAGACGUAGAUGAGGUCUUGGUAGUUAAGGUCUUGGAACCUGAGGAAGAAGUAGUUGAGAACUCGGAACCUGAGGAAGAAGUAGCUGAGGAACCAGAACCUGGUGAAAAGAUAAAUGAGGUCUCGGAACCUGAAGAAGAGGUAGUUGAGGUCUUGGAACCCGAGGAAGAAGUAGUUGAACCAGAACCUGAGGAAGAGGCAGUUGAGGUCUCGGAACCCGAGGAAGAGGUAUUUAAGGCACCAGAACCUGAGGAAGAGGUAGUUGAGGAACCAGAGGAAGAGGUAGUUGAGGAACCAGAGGAAGAGGUAGUUGAGCUCUUGGAACCUGAGGAAGAGGUAGUUGAGGAACUAGAACCUGAGGAAGAGGUAGUUGAGGAACUAGAACCCGAGGAAGAGGUAGUUGAGGUCUCGGAACCUGAGAAAGAGGUAGUUGUGGAACCAGAAACUGAGGAAGAGGCAUUUGAGGGACCAGAGCCUGAGGAAGAAGUAACUGAGGAACCAGAACUUGAGGAAGAGGUAGUUGAAGAACCUGAGGAAGAGGUAGUUGAGCUCUUGGAACCUGAGGAAGAGGUAGUUGAGGAACUAGAACCUGAGGAAGAGGUAGUUGAGGAACUAGAACCCGAGGAAGAGGUAGUUGAGGUCUCGGAACCUGAGAAAGAGGUAGUUGUGGAACCAGAAACUGAGGAAGAGGCAUUUGAGGGACCAGAGCCUGAGGAAGAAGUAACUGAGGAACCAGAACUUGAGGAAGAGGUAGUUGAAGAACCGGAGCCCAAGGAAGACGCAGUUGAGGAACCAGAACCUGAGGUAGAGGUAGAUGAGGUCUUUGUAGUUGAGGUCAUGGAACCUGAGGAAGAAGUAGUUGAGAACUUGGUACCUGAGGAAGAUGUAGCUGAGGAACUAGAGCCUGGUGAAAGGGUAGAUGAGGUCUCAGAACCUGACGAAGAGGUAGGUGAGGUCUUGGAACCUGAGGAAGUAGUUGAGAACUUGGAACCUGAGGAUGAGGUAGCUGAGGAACUAGAGCCUGAUGAAAAGGUAGAUGAGAUCUCAGAACCUGAUGAAGAGGUAGGCGAGGUCUUGGAACCUGAGGAAGAAGUAGUUGAGAACUUGGACCCUGAGGAAGAGGUAGCUGAGGAACUAGAGCCUGGUGAAAAGGUAGAUGAGGUCUCAGAACCUGAUGAAGAGGUAGGUGAGGUCUUGGAACCUGAGGAAGAAGUAGUUGAGAACUUGGAACCUGAGGAAGAGGUAGCUGAGGAACUAGAGCCUGGUGAAAAGGUAGAUGAGGUCUCAGAACCUGAUGAAGAGGUAGGUGAGGUCUUGGAACCUGAGGAAGAAGUAGUUGAUGAACUUGAACCUGGGGAAGGGGUAGUUGAGUUGUCAGAACCUGAGAAAGAGGUACUUGAGGAAUUACAAACUGAGGAAGAGGUUGUUGAGGUCUUGGAACCUGAGAAAGAGGUACUUGAGGAAAUAGAACCUGAGGAAGAGGUAGUUGAAGAACCAGAGGAAGAGGUAGUUGAGCUCUUGGAACCUGAGGAAGACGUAGUUGAGGAACUAAAACCUGAGGAAGCGGUAGUUGAGGAACCAAAGCCUGAGGAGAUGGUAGUUGAGGAACCAAAGCUUGAGGAAACGGUAGUUGAGGAAGAGGUAGUUGAGGAAUUAGAACCUGAGGAAGAGGUAGUUGAAGAACCAGAACCUGAACAAAAUGUAAUUGAGGUUUCGGGACAUGAGGAAAAAGUAGUUGAGAAAACAGAAGAAGAGGUAUUUGAGGAACUAGAACCUGAGGAAGCGGUUGUUGAGGAACUAGAGCCUGAGGAAGCGGUUGUUGAGGAACUAGAACCCGAGGAAGAGGUAGUUCAGGAACCAGACCCAGAGGAUGAGGUAGUUGCAAAACCAGAACAUGAGGAGGAGGUAAUUGAGGAAUCAGAGCCUGAGGAAGAUAUAGUUGAGGAACCAGAGCCUGAGGAAGAGGUAGUUGACGAACUAAAACCUGAGGAAGAGGUUGUUGAGGAACCGGUAGUUGAGGAACUAGAACCUGCGGAAGAGGUAGUUGAGGAACUAGAACCUGAGGAAGAGGUUGUUGAGGAACCAGAGCCUGAGGAAGAAGUAGUUGAGGUCUCAGAACCUAAGGAAAUGGUAGUUGAGAAACCAGAGGAAGCAGUAGUUGAGGAACCAGAACCUGAGGAAGAGGUAGUUGAAGAACCAGAAAUUGAGGAAGAGGUAAUUGAGGUCUUGGAACAUGAGGAAAAGGUAGUUGAUGAAUCAGAGGUUGAGGUUGUUGAAGAACCAGCAUAUGAGAAAGAGGUAAUUGAGGAAUCAGAGCCUGAGGAAGACAUAGUUGAGGAACCAGAGCCUGAGGAAGCAGUAGUUGAGGAACUAGAACCUGAGGAAGAGGUUGUUGAGGAACUAGAACCUGAGGAAGCGGUAGUUGAGGAACUAGAACCUGAGGAAGCGGUAGUUGAGGAACCAAAGCCUGAGGAAAUGGUAGUUGAGGAACCAAAGCUUGAGGAAACGGUAGUUGAGGAAGAGGUAGUUGAGGAAUUAGAACCUGAGGAAGAGGUAGUUGAAGAACCAGAACCUGAAGAAAAUGUAAUUGAGGUUUCGGGACAUGAGGAAAAAGUAGUUGAGAAAACAGAAGAAGAGGUAUUUGAGGAACUAGAACCUGAGGAAGCGGUUGUUGAGGGACCAAAGCCUGAAGAAGAGGUAGUUGAGGAACCAGAACCAGAGGAUGAGGUAGUUGAAGAACCAGAAUAUGAGGAAGAGGUAGUUGAGGGACCAGAGCCUGAGGAAGAGGUAGUUGAGGAACCAAAGCCUGAAGAAGAGGUAGUUGAGGAACCAGAACCAGAGGAUGAGGUAGUUGAAGAACCAGAAUAUGAGGAAGAGGUAAUUGAGGAAACAGAACCUGAGGAAGAGGUAGUUGAGGUCUUGGAACCUGAAGAAGAGGAAGUUGAAGAACCAAUGCCUGAGGAAGAGGAAGUUCAAGAACCGGAGCCUGAGGAAGAGGUAGUUGAAGACCCAGGACCCGAGGAAGAGGUAGUUGAGGUCUCGGAACCUGAGGAAGAGGAAGUUGAAGAACCAAUGCCUAAAGAAGAGGAAGUUGAAGAACCGGAGCCUGAGGAAGAGGAAGUUGAAAAUCCAGAACCUGAUGAAGGGGUAGUUGAGGAAACACAGCUUGAGGAAAAUAUUAGUGAGCCACCAGCUGAAGAAAUUAAAAUCAUCCAACCUGUGGAUUCUUUAGAGGACACUCUAUUUGGAGAGGAAACCUGGAAACCUGAUCCUGUUGAAGAGGACAAUAUUGUCCCAAUAGAAGACCAGUCAACUGAGGAGGACAUGGAGGAACUGUUGCCUGAAUACCACGGGUAUGAGGACAGCUAUCCUGAGGAAGCUGUUGAUACUGUGGAAGAAACAGAUGACACAGCAGAGGUCAGUGAAGUGGAAGUGGCUCCAUUGCCAGAGGAGAGUGAAGAGAAGAUAGCAAUGAUAGCAGAACCCAUCCCUGACUCUACGUCAACACCCCCUGCAGAAUCUGACACUGUGCCUGUGGUAGAUGUAACAGAGUCACCUUCAGAGUUAGAGCUGAUGGUGGAGGAUACUGAGGAGCCCGAGGUGGUUGUUAUCAAUGUAGAGGCUGAAGAGGAGGUCGUAGAGGACUCAGAACCUGAGGACGAGCGUGUGCAAGACCUUGCAGACGAACUUGAUCAAAUGGACCUGGUAAGCACAGAGCCCAUUAACCUUCCAGAGGCCAGUGGAUACUCAUUGGCUCCUGAGGUGCACCCCGUCGAGACCACAGCUUCUCCACCACUGAGAUACCUGACCACUCCCUCCAUGACCACAGCGAGUAAAGGCAGGGAGCUGGUGGUGUUCUUCAGUCUACGGGUUACUAACAUGAGGUUCUCAGAUGACCUCUUCAACAAGAGCUCUUCAGAAUACAGAUCCCUGGAGAACACCUUUUUGGAACUGCUGCUGCCUUACCUGCAGUCCAAUCUAACAGGAUUCAAGAAGCUAGAGAUUCUUAACUUCAGGAAUGGCAGCAUUGUGGUCAACAGCAAGAUGAAGUUCACCAAGUCAGUGCCAUACAACGUGACCCAGGCCGUCCACUGUGUCCUGGAAGACUUCUGCAACGCUGCAGCCAUGAGACUCAACAUUGAGAUUGACAGUCACUCUCUGGACAUAGAGCCUGCUGAUCAAGCAGAUCCCUGUAAGUUCUUGGCGUGCAACGACUUCUCUCACUGUGUGGUGAAUCGGUGGUCACGGGAGGCCGAAUGUCUCUGUGACCCGGGGUACAUGGCUAUGGACGGCCUGCCCUGUCAGAGUAUCUGUGUCCUGCAGCCGGACUACUGCCAGAACGGGGGCCGUUGUGAGAUAGUACCAAGGCAUGGAGCCACUUGCAGAUACCCAGAAAUGUAUACGUCUUCCAGGCCUGACAAAUUAAGAACACCGAGUGUUGAAUGACAACCCUCCGUAUUAAGACUUGGCAACUGCAGAAGAGACACAGGAAUGUUAAUAAACGAUAGCUAAUCACAGAUGCAGAUCACGGACAAUGUUGUGAUUGCAGAAAGACAUUGACCUGUUGGCUACUGAUGGACAGACAGGCACUCAGCCAGACAACCCCUUCAUUUGACCUUUCCAAAGCCUGUGUUUCACCAGAAAGGAUACUCCCAUUUUCUGUCAAACAGACAUUCAGGCAAACUCUGGACAGCCGUACUCGGUCAUUGUCAUCAGUGAACAAAUGACUCAGGAACGACAGAUGAAUGUCAAACGGAUGUGAUCAUUUUGCUAUGGCAUCCCAGGACAGCUAACUGCUUUUAUACAUAUGUGCUGACAUUUAUUUUAGUAGUGAAAGUGGUCAUGUAAAAUGCCAGACGAAAAGUUACAAGAAAUGUUUUCCUCAUAAUGAGGUACUUAUGUUGCAACGUUGUAAAGUGAAUAACACUUACUGUACACCUGUGUGGGUGAUGUUAAUUAUACAUCUGUCUCUGUAAUAAUGUAAUGGUGUUUCCUCAGUGCUGUAAAACUACUGUUCUGUACACGUCGGGGAAAUUAAUUGCUCAUCAUCUUCAAUAGGGCUUUUUAAAAAACUAUUUCCUCACAGAACUCUAUUUGUGUUGCUGUAGCAUUGAGUAACAGAACGUAAAACACGAGGAGCAAUAUCAGUUGAGUGAUAGAAUGAGUUUAUUUCAACAGUUAGAGAUCAGCAUUAGAAAAAGUGACAGUGAAAAGGCAGUAUUUGAGGAAUGAUUGUAACGCGUGGAGAGACACACAGAGCAUAUCGAAGCCGGUCAGUAAUUGGUUGUACAUUACAAGAGAUAUUCCAGGAGACCACACAGUACGUACAGUAGUAUACUCUGGUGUUCAAGUCAUAAAUAAAUACUUAGAUCUAAACUGAAGACAUGCCUCAGACACGCGCAUGAGUGGAUAGAUCUCAUGCAUUCAAACAACCACGACGUCGCCUUUUCGCUUGUGCAGAGCGUCAAAGGGAAUGAGAAGAAGCGCUAGAAAACAAACCCCAGACUAACAAUCAGCCUUACCUGAAGAGAGUAGUUCUAGUCUCACAAGAGAUUGUCUCUAAAACACACAGUACUGUACAUGACAAAGGCUGUCCUUCUCCUUGUAGCUUUGUUGAGGAAUUAUUGCUUCAUUUUAAAGUAGUUAUUUUUUUCAAGAAACAUGAGUCAUGUGCCCAAACCCUUUGAUUUUAGAGUAGAAAGAUUUCUUUUGAAAAUAAAUGUGUACAUUCCUGUAGAAACAUUACUCUCUUUGUAUCAUAAAAUAUCCUGUACGUAAGUGUCUAUUGAAAUAUGAGAUGAUAUAUCCAGGAGAGGAAAGACUAGCUGAAUACUGUAUCUGAGCUUGAGGUCUUCUUGACCCCUCCUACUUCAUUUCUCCAUUCAGUUCUGCUCCCAUACACACAUUUGGUCCAACAGUAUGACUUGAAUGCUAUUUGAAAUCCUAGAGUAUCUCAAGAUUUGUAUGGUUCGCUUCUGGUAAUCCACAUCAUAAAUUAAAUUUGAUUAGCACAUUAUUUUUCUUCUUAAGACAAUAUUUGGAAUAUCAUAGCCUUGUGUGGACAACAUAAAACAAUGCAUUUAAAUUUCAACCAUGUGGCUUUAGGAAUGAAUGGUUGGGGAAUGUGAAAAUGAAAACAUCUUUCUUUAGCUUUCUUCCGUUCUUUCUCUCAUUAGCAUACCUAAAUCACACAUAAACAAAAAGUAAAGACUGAAGGAACAAAA